AUGAGACCGCUUACCACGGUUGCACAGCUUGUGAAGGCUGAGAAGGCUCUUCAAGGGUCGGGGGUCACGAUUCAGGUUUUUGAGGGUGAUCGUCGCCUCCCUGCGGGGGCCUUCUUGCAUCCUAACGGUGCGGCCUCUCCGUACCGCUUGGUGCUGCGCCGGAAAACUGCAUGUCGGACUGCACCUGCCCUGCCUCAGGAGCCGCAACAGCCGGAGGGCACCUCUGAUGUCACCAUUUGGACGGGAUUGCUGAGAUUGCAGGCCGCUUCUUCGAAACCUGCCUUUGUUGCUCCACCUGCGCUUGUAACUGGCUGGCUCCGCUUGACCUGGUUACGCACCGACCCUGCUGAGAACCUCCGUUUCGAGUGGCCGGCCUUUUGCCAACUGUGCCUCUUCCCGUUCCUGUGUGAGGGGCACUGGGCAUUGCUUGCUAUUAGUCGGGAGCAUAAAGCGGGCCCUGCCGUCACUCUGUUUGAUGGCCUCCCGGGUAGAAGCACAACCGCGGCGCAAGCCCUUGCUGACGCCAUCUGCCUUGCGUGUGACAUGCCACAAACCAUUGUCUCCGAACCUGCACACCUCGUUCAGCUCGAGCCGGGCCAAUGCGGGCCCAUGCUCCUUGCAUUUGCCGCUCAGGUGCUCGGGGACCUAGAUGCCACUUUUGAAACUUUGCUCCAAGAUGCCAUAGCGUACUGCAGAUUUGUGCCGCGGCAUACGGCCGUCUUGUAUGGCUCCGGUGCCCUUUCUGAGGCUCAGACUUCCACCUUGCGCCAGCUCUUGGUUGACAGGGGUGUGACUGUCGAUCAUGUCGGUGAACGAAUUCAGGGUGCUGUUCAGAAGAUAGGUGCCGGCCCCCUGUCCAAAGCUCUGGCAGCCGACAAUCCCUGGCAGGCUCUGAAGGCCCUUGGUUCUUGCCCUUCUUCCCUCUUCAGGUGGAUACGUCCAGAAGAGUUGCGCGCCCAUGCACAGGCAAAGGCUCAAUUGCAGUUUGGUGCCGCCAUUGGAAAUGCCAAGGCUAGAAAACAAAAGCCUGCCCGGACCAGCAAACCUGUCCUUAACGUUGACCCCACUGCCUUGCAAAUUGCUCCCGGAGCUUUUGUCUCAUCUGAUGGCACUUCGCUCUCCCAGCUUGCUUUCGACGAGGUUGGCCCACAGGCCAGAGGCGUUGCUUUCUGCACCGGCCAACAGAUGCUGCCCUUCCUCUCUGACUACCGGGCUCUCAGUGUUGAUGCUCUUGCUCUCAUCUCCACUGCUCCAGUCCCAACAGAGGUGUGUGCCGGAGCUCCCGCUUCUUCGAUUCGCUUCCCGGCCGUUUACGCCCCGACACAGGAAGCUGUCCUGCUCAGCGGGACCAUUCUUCAGCUCGGUGAUGAGCAUGUGCAGCUAUCUGCAGCCGAUGCCGAUAUGGGUGACAUUGAGAAACUGGACACCAUCACGGGUCGAAUUUCCUUCUUCAAAGAUGAGGCCCAACUUGGUUGGGAGGUCUUUGCAAAGGCUCCUGUGAAGUCGCUGCUGCAACACAUCCCGGGCCUCAACUUGUGCAGGGACGCAAACUGCAAAGGUGAUUGUCCUGCUUUCCACCCAGCUGUUGAGGAGCAUGUGGAACGCUUGCUGCUAGAUGUCUGGGCCAGACAGUUUGCAAAAGCAGAAGGUGGUAGGGCCUCUCCAGAGGCAGCCGAACUUUUUCAGGCUUUGGUGCGUGUGCCUGCUUCCGCCGCCAAACAUCUUCAGCAUGUUCAUGUUGCCGGGUUUUACUUUGAGCCCCGGGCCGCCAACGGUUUUGGGCCUCAUCCCUCCUACGCGGUCGUGUGGCUCCCUGGUCACGACAAAGCGCAGGCCACCCACCUCCUGAGGACAUGCGACAAAGCGCUGGGGCUUGCGCGGCUCGGUAAUAAAUUCGGCAUCAGGGUUCUGGAUGAACAUGAGCAGCUUGUCUUCGAGAAGCUCCGCCCGAGGCAAACUUUUGUGAAGGUCAAGGUGUUGUCUAGGUGGCGGCUACAUCCUCUGCCGCAUGGCACUCAAAGGCACACGCUGGUGCAGUUGCUGGGCAAGUGGAAGUGGGCUGCGAAGCCCUUGCAACCAUGCAAAGGAGAUUCCUCUGGCUGUGCCUGGGAGGUUGGCAGUGCCGAAGACCCGCCCUCCUCUGUGCUGCAGGCGGGUGAUGCCUUUGUGCUCAUUCACAAGCUUCGGGACCUGAGCUCUCCCGCCAAACCCGAGGCAUUGUGCGCAUCCAACCGCACUCGUCGGCGCAUCUUGUAUGAUGACCCUGAAGUCCCUCAGUCAUCUGCUGACCCCUGGGCUGGUGGUCGUGAUCCAUGGAGUCUUUCCCGCCCCCCGCCUGGGCUCCCUGCCCCUGCUGCUUCGUCUCAGCAAUGCCCUGCUCCGCCAUCGGCCGCUGUGAGCAAACUCACUGAGGUUAAGUCUGAGCUGCAAGCCAAUUUGGCCACUGUUGUGCGCAAAGAGGUCCAAGCUGCCACCUCUUCUGUGAAGGCUGCUGACCCUAACGAUGCCCGCAUCCAGCAGCUUGAGGUUGGACUGAACGAGGUGCGCAUGCAGAACAGCAAAUUUGAGGAAUGGUUUCAGACCUUCGGCACCCAAAUGCGCCAGCAGGCUACGCAGGUUGUUGAGGUGCAAAAGGCAGUGUCUGCUCAGCAGGGCGAGUUCUCGGCGCUCAAGUCGGAUGUCACAACCUCCAUUGCUCAGGCCAUGAACUCGCUACAGAGCGAUAUGCAAAAGCAAUUUGCUUCUCAGACUGCAUCUCUGGAGGCCAUGCUGGCAAAGAAGCCCCGCACGGAGUCGCUUCCGCUCUUUGAUUCUUGGGGUCUCCGUUUCUUCUUCUGCUCUGCCUUGCUGGCCCUGUCGUCGGCGAACGCGGACCAGAGCCGUUUUGCCGUUAUGGUGAGGCCUCCAAUCCUGGCCCUGAUAACAUCAUUUCCUUUGGCACCUCCAAUCCGAGUGGCCUUCGCAACAAAGAACAACUGGUUGCCGAUUUCGGCCCUGGGGUCUGGCAGUAUUCGGAAACUCAGUUGUCUGCUGUCAGUCUGCCAUCUGCGUCUCGAGCCAUCCGUCACGCGGGCACAGCACCGUGAUGUGCGCAUUUUUGCCGGGGCCCCGGCCCCUCUUCGCCCUGGUUCCAGUUAUGCUGGUUCUUGGACUGGAGUCCUCACGCUGAGUGACUUUCCCUGCCGCCCGGUGCAGCUGCAAUGGCUGCAUGAUUCGUUCCACUCCGGCCGCAUUCAAACCCUGCACCAUUUUGUGAAUGACACCCCGAUCCUCACUGCCAAUCUCUACGGUUUUCCGCGUGGCAGGACCUACACUGAUGCACGUGCUCGCACCGAGCGCCUGCUUGAAACCCUCACCCAUGAACUCGUUUUGGGCCGUAAAGGCAUCAGAAUGAUUGCUGGCGAUUUCAAUCAUUGGCACGAGCACCUGCAUCAGGUCGCAAUUUGGAAACAACAGGGCUGGAUUGAGGCCCAAGACCUCGCUGCAAUCAGAUGGCAAACGCCCCUGGUUCCUACUUGUAAGGGCUCAACACAUCGUGAUUUCAUUUUCCUUAGCCCUGAGGCCGCAGCCCUUUGUGAGUCGGUCCGCGUCCAAGAGACGUUUGCGGAGCAUGCCACGGUAAUCGCCGGGAUCCGGUUGACUGGGGUCCACCGAGUACAAUCCUGGCCUCUCCCCGCCGAAAUUCCUUGGUCUUCUGUUGACCUACCGGCUUGGACCCGGGAGUGUGAUGUCAUUCCCAUCGCAGAGUCUUGCUCCACUCGCUGGCUGCGGUCUUUUGCAAGGGGCUUUGAAGCUAGUCUUGUGGGUCAUGUGGUUGGGGCCCCCUCUGGCUGCCUGCCCCACCGCUGUCAUGGCCGCGCCUGCCGACUGUCUCCGGAUCGGCCUCCUCGCAUUCACCCUCCCAAGCCGGCCAGACCCGGCGAGGAGGCUGCACAUCAUGAUUUAUUGUCUCUUGAGGUCAAGCGCUGGUACCAACAACUCCGCCGGUUGCAAUCUUUGGACCAUGCUAUGCGUGCCGGGAACCAAUCCCCUAGUGCGAUCGAGCACCGCUUGGGUUUGUGGCGCUCGAUUCUCUCUGCCCGAGGCUUCCGCCCUGCUUUUCAGCUUUGGUGGCCCACUCGCCCGGUUCAGCUUGCUGGAUCCCCUGCAGCCUUUCCGGCCUUUCUUCCCAGUGCGGAGCUCUGCUCUCUUCUCUUUCUGGACUUCAGAGACAACUUUCGUAAAUUCGAGGCGUGGAACAUACGCCAGCGGCACGCCAUUUUGGCUGAACAAUAUGCUCAUAAUCACAAUCUCCUGUUCCGUGACCUCCGUGAUCCUAAGCCUGAACAGGUUGAUACUCUUGAGCUUAAAAGGUCAUACCAGAUUUUGGAUGUUGACCCUCCCACCUGCGGUGUUCACCUUGCUGAUCGGAUUGAUGACCGUGACUGCAGCCAGUGGACUUUGGAUGGGUGGGCCGUUCAGGUGACUUCUGUGGACGGGGACUUGUGUUGCAUUCCCUCUUGUCCCUCCUUGCAUCCCGAAGCCGAGCUUGAGCAGACUGUUGUCCUUUCCUCGGCCUCUCAUAUACAGUUUGAAUUCGAAAAGCUUUGGAUUUCGUUUUGGCAGCGUUUCGCCCACUCCUCUGAGGCCGACUGGUCCCGUGUUACAUCUUUCGCCCAGGCCUAUCUUCCACAGGGCCAACUGGACCUGCCUCCAAUCAGCCUUGAUCAGUGGCGCGGUGCAUUGCGCCGUUUCAAGCCUCGUGCAGCGCGUGGCUGUGAUGGAUUUGCCAAACUUGACUUGCUCAACAUGUCCGAUCCUCAUGCCUUGCAACUUCUUGCAUUCCUGGCGGAUAUAGAGGCCGGUGUGCGUGAAUGGCCCGCCCAAUGGCUUAAUGGUCUGGUAUGUUGCCUCAAAAAGCCAAACGAGCAACAGGGUCCGGAGGGCUUUCGGCCCAUUACCCUCCUUUGCUGCGCAUACCGUGCAUGGAGCGGUCUUCGGGCCCGCCAGGUUCUACGUUGGCUUGUUGAUUUCAUGCCUCACUCCGCCCUUGGUUUCAUGCCACACCGCGAGGCCUCACAAUUCUGGUGGAUGUUGGAAGCUCAGGUUGAGCUCGCUUGUCAGAACGAGCUACCUUUUUUGGGGUAUGCCACCGACGUCAUCAAGGCGUUUAACGCGCUGCCACGACAACCUGUGUUUGCGAUUGCGGCUUGGGUUGGCCUGCCACCAAAUCUCUUGCGCCCAUGGGGCUCCUUCCUGGACAAGCUUGAGCGCCGGUUUCUCAUUCGCAACGCCGUCGGCGAACCUCAGCUUUCGACCUGCGGCUUCCCCGAGGGGUGCGCCCUGAGUACGGUUGCCAUGAGCAUUGUCUGCUUGUGCUUCCACCAAUACCUUGAAAGCUUUACGGCUGCUUGCAGUCCUCAUUCUUACGUUGACAACCUCGCCUGCUCCGCGCAGUCCGUCGGUCAACUUGCGACGGGAACUGCUGCCUCCCUUGCUUUCCUGGACAUGUGGGGCCUCACUGCCGACGCCUCCAAGACGUACGUGUGGGCAGUUCAGCCCGGACAUCGCUCACAGCUUAAGGCAAUGGGUUUUCGUGUCCAGACACACGCCCGCGAGCUUGGUGGCCUCUUGAGUUUUGAGCGUUCUAAGCAUAAUGCAGCAUUGGUGAAACGUUGCCAGGACUUGGGCCCUUGGUUCGACCGCCUUCGUCGUUCCCCAAGUGCUUAUGUGCACAAGCUGCGGGCCUUGCCGAUAAAAUUUUGGAGUCAUGCUCUUCAUGGCAUUUCGGGCUGCCCAUUGGCCGACUCCGUCAUUGCCGGUUUGCGUGCCCAAGCUGUGCGGGCCCUUGGGGCCCAAUUCGGCUGGAUCGAGCUCCAUGCUCCGCCUUUCUACUUGAGGCUCCUGGAUGCCGACCCGGGCUUCUAUCAGCUCUGGUGCACUCUGCGCGACCUGCGAAGACUGGCUGUCAAAGACUCCAGGGUCCUUCCUUUGUGGACCGUCUUUGCUGCCAACUUUCAGGGCCAAUUGCUGCAUGGCCCCUUCUCGAAGCUGUUUCAAGUUCUUGGACAGAUCGGCUGGAGGAUUGAUCACCCGCCUUUUGUUACGGACAAUGACGGGUUAGUCCACAAUGUCUUGGAAAUCCCCACCAGUCUCCUGCGCCAGCUCUGCGAGCAGGCAUGGUUGAAUUACGUGGCUACCCAGCACCGCCACCGACAUACCAUGCUCGACCUCCUUGGCAUCGAUAAUGCCUUACUGCAGGAAGACUCUGGUCGGCUUAAUGCCCUGGAUUCGGACGGCCUCUGCCCCCUUUGCCAGGUCCUGGAUGAUCAUGAACACCGCGUUUGCCACUGUCCUCGAUUCGCUGCAGCGCGCCUACCUUUUCAAUGGGUCUGUCAUUGUUGGGCGACAUUGCCGCAGUGCUUGAGAACGCAUCUCUUGCCUCCCUGCAAUCCGCACCUCCUUGCUUUGCGCCAAGAGCUGUUGAAAUUGCCUGAUCGCUCCGCCCAGUUUGCUUCUUUGGAGCACACCGCCGGUCCGCAACAUAUCUUCUCCGACGGCUCGUGCCUUCAUGCUCGACGGGCUUCUCUUGCUUUGGCGGCCUGGAGCUGUGUCAAUGCUUGCACCGGUGCUUUGUUGGCCUGCGGGCCGGUCCCUGGGCUUCAGCAAUCUUCCCCUCGAGCAGAGCUCUGGGGCGCCAUUGCCGCUCUCAAGUGGGGUGCCUUUGUCAUUGUCCCGGUAGUGCUGUGGACUGACUCGGAUUAUGUGGGCCGUGGCAUUCGCCGGAUGCUGCGUGGUGAUUUCUUCACGCCGGCCGAAAAUGCUGAUCUUUGGGAGCUGCUUCGAGAACAGGCCAUUCAGUGGAAUGCUCAUGCAGAUACUGCCGCAGGCUUGGCGAACUUGAAUCGCCCACUUGAGCUUACUAACGCUCAUGCUCGCGCUCUGGGCUGGCACGAACAAACUCUGGAAGUCAUUCGAGCUCUGCGCGGCAUCUACUUUGGCAUCGCUGCCGCCACGCAGCGCUCUGGCUUUGCAUUCGGCGGGGAGGCUGAAUUGGAGGAGCCACGCUCGCCCGAUUUGCCGCCCCCCGCCUCUGCUCAGGCUGAUUUUCUGGAUGAGCUGCCCUUGAACUGGAAGCAGCGGGCGGCGGACGCCUGCCCUGAGCUGCCUGCGACCUUUCUUCUGUCCUGGUGUAGCUUCUUGGCUGACGAAGCUGAUUCCGGCGACUUGUGGAGACAGAUUUCCUGGCUUGAAGCAGUUUUCAUAUUCCAUGUCCUUGGUGGGCAAAGAUUUCCGGUGCGCUCUCUCUCCGGUGAGGGUUGGAGGAAUGCUGCUGAUGUUCCUUUACACUGCCCGACUCUGACGGUAGCUGUACAGUUUAGCCUGACGCGUCGUGCGCUCAAGGGCAUCUUCAAGGCCUUACAGAGGGAGGAUCUUUUAGUUGAUGGCAUCGAUCUUGUCGAUUUCGGAAUUUCUUUUGCGAUUGGUGGCUUUUUGUUUCCAGUACGAUCCACUCUUCUGCUGGCUGCUAGGUCACGACUUUCUGAGUUUUGUGCGGGGCGUAAGAUUUGUACAGUUGGCGACCUCGCUCGCAUUUUCUGA